UCAGACCUUAUAGGCGCGUCGGGGGCGCAGGCGGUGAGAAGGGUCUCAGCCGCGUUCGGGGCUGCACCGCUCGCACUCGCACCAGCGAUUUCCCGCGGCGGAAGGAUCAAGCGUACGUCAUCCAAAGCCUAUCAGCCUGUGCGAUCGGCGACGCGAAAAUACGCCUGCCGUUGUCGCCCGCCCAGCGCGGCUGCUGCGUCCAGUCACUGAGUCAGGGUACAGCACCGUUUCACACCGUCCCCGCGGCGUCGGCACCAGUACACGCGACUUAUCGGGCCCAGUCCGACGCGCGCUCCCAGUCGCCCAACGCAGACACGAGCCCAGCCUCGCACGCGCUCCCCCAGUCCGGUCGGGGCAGCGCGAUUACCCCGUAAUGCGCGCUCGGGCCCGCCGCGAACCGCACAGUUCACCCGCGCUCGAUUCCCCCACCUGCACGCACGCACAUCGUCUUCGUGCCUAGAGAACCGCAGAACCAGUCGGAGCGCAACGUAACGUCGCCCCCCCCCCCCGGCGGACAACGGCGCCAAGCUCCGCGCUCUCCUCUUCCCCCCCCCGAAUGGCGAAACGAAGCGAGCCAGACGACGCGAGCUCCCCCCUCCAGCCGAGCCAGACGCAUGGACCACACCCCCGGCGACUCCCGUGGACGCGAUCUGCAGCGGAGGGGCAAACCUGGAAACACCCGCGAGCAGACGCCCCGUUACCGCUGCCUCGUCCGGCGACCCAGCGCGACGGUAAUCACCAACGCGCCCCGUGGCUACCUUCCGCUUCCCCUCUCCCCUCUUCCCUCGCCCAAUCCGGCCACCGCUCUCACCCUUCCCCCCUUCCAACAUCCGCUCGCACGCCGCCCCAUUCGUCUGCGCGCUCGGCUUAUCGUCCGCUCGCCCACGCCCACGCUCAGCUCAACUUGCCCCUCGUCCAAUCCGAACCCGACCCUUCCUUCCUACCGAGACGCGCCAACCCACCCCGAACGUCUUUCACAUCUCGUUUAUCGCAUCUCGCAUCCAUCGCCCGACGGCAGCUACCAGCCCCUCGACGCAGACGCGCACGUCACGAUUGCCGUUCCGCCGGGACCCUGA